AUGGCAUCGGUAGCACCAGAUAAAAUACUUGAAAUAAAACAAUUAAUAUCUAAUCAUCUCUCACAAUCCGAUAUAAAUAGUGCACUUCGUGAUGUUCUUUCGGAUUAUUCACAACGACAUCCAAAUUCAGGACCAAUUAGCCGAGAUCAUUUAAUAAGUGAAUUAAAAAAUCGUGGUGUGGUCGAUUCAAUGAUGCAAAAUAUUCAAUUUGGUAAUCAACAACCAUCACCUAGACAACGUCAAUCACUUCCAAUGACAUCGAAACCAACUGUGAGUACAGUUGAUACUGAUCAAUUAGUUUCUGUACCAUUAGAACAAGUCAAUUUUGAUGCAAAUAGACGACAUCUUUAUCUACAAUUUCUCAAUGGGAAAGCUUUUACUGAUUAUCUGAAUGAACCACAAUCGGAAAAUUACCCAGGUUAUUCUUCAUCAUCAUUAGCUUCAUCAUUUAGUAUAUCAAUUUUAUUUCGUAAUCAACGUUUUCGUACAAGACCAUUUGCAUGCGCUGGUGAACCAUAUAUUAAUCAGGGAUUUUUACUUGAACUUCAUAAAGAUAAACAACAAGGAGAAUAUGGUGCUAUGGCCGAUACUCAAACUCUUCUAUCAAUUUGUGAUCGUAUUCAUAUUGUUUUAACACGAAAAGACACACUAGGCGAAAUUCAUCUUGUAUCAUCUCAUUUUCUUGAAUGGCGUCAAGUUCUUUGUGCACAAGCAAGUAAAACGAAUCGUAUACUUGAAUUAAAUGGCAUUGGCGCUGAAAAUAAAUUACCUGUUGGUGUUAUAAAUGUUUGUUUACAAUUAAUACCACCAUUAAAUGAAUCCGUUUCAAACGAUAUUCUAGCAGCACAAUUAGAUCUUGAACAUACAAAAAGUACAGAACGAGAACGUUUAUUUCUUAUAUAUGCUAAACAAUGGUGGAAAGAAUUUUUGGAAAUUCGUGAAGAACAUCGAACUAGACUUGUGAAAAUCUUUGGACAAGAUGAAAAUGGUGUUAAUCAUCCUGUAUUUACUUUUGUUCAACCACUUCGUUCAGGUCGUUUACUUGAUACACCACGAGAAGCAGCACGUUUUGUUAGUUUAAUUGGUUAUGAUCGUCAUUCAGUUGUUGGUAAUACAGAUCGUACAGAAAUGUGGACACAUGCACAUGCAUUUCUUGCAAGAAAUUGUGGAGAUUGUGAAAAUCAUGCUGUACUUCUUUGUAGUCUUUUACUUGGUUUUGGACUUGAUGCUUAUGUUUGUAUUGGAACUAAGGGUAAAAAUCAAAUACAUUCAUGGGUUGUAACAAUUGGUGCCGAUGAUGUUUUCUUUUGGGAAAGUUUAAAUGGAAAUAGAUAUCAACAUACUUCUAUAGAUCCGGAUGAUCCUCCACUUGAUAAAUUAUCAUUAAAUAAUAUUCGUCAUCCAUAUAAAACAAUUGGCUGUUUAUUUAAUGAUAAAUCAUUUUAUGCAAAUAUACAACCAACAUGUAAUGUUGAUGCAUGUGUAUUUCGUUUAACAGAUCAAUCAAAAUGGAAAGCAAUGUCAGUUGAUGCAAUUGCAUCAAUAAAUACACCUGGUCUUGUUCUUACUGCACCAGUUACACCUCAUUUGAUGAGUAAUACACUCGAUCCAGUUGCAUUAUCAAAUGAUAUUGAAAAACAAAUACGUGCUUUAAUUAUUCAACAUAGAAAAGAUCUUGGUUAUACAACUCAAUUUGAUGAUCAUUUAUCAUAUUUAUUAAGUCCAGCAUUGUCUUCCUAUGAAUUAGAACGUGUCACAGGGUUAUCUGUUGGUAAUGAAGAAUUUCAAGAAGCUGUUCGACGUGCCGUGCCUAAUGGACAUGCUUUUAAAGGCUUUCCAAUACAAUUUGUUCAUAAAAAUGCUCGAAAAGCAUUUGUUUUUAGUUUAAGAAAUAAUUUAUGUGAAGAAAUCGUUUGUUGUCAUGGUGAUCAAGUGCGUCUAGCUGUUCGUGUACGUGUAUUUACCUAUCCAGAAAAUGCUAUUGCUACUUGGAUGAUGUUUGCUUGUCGUUAUAAGAGUGUUGGUUCAACGAAAUAG